AUGAAGAAACCGCUCAUGCGCAUCCCCUACACCGAGCUGUUCCCUCCGCCCAGCAUCAUCCCCGCCACAGCCCGUUCCCUCCCCGGUGCCAUCGCAGCCCUGCAAGAAUUUCUACACACCCCGCCGCCGAGGGACCUACCGCGCUCCACAGUCCUCCUCACCGGCGCGGGCCUCUCGGUCGCCAGCGGAUUGGCCGACUACCGCGGAACCAACGGCACAUACCGGGUCAACAAGACAUACCGCCCCAUCUACUACCAUGAGUUCCUGUCCAACCACGAGGCGCGCAAGCGUUACUGGGCGCGCAGCUUCCUCGGCUGGACGACGCUGCGCAACGCGGCGCCCAACGCGGGCCACUACGCGGUGCGGGACCUGGGCAAGCUGGGCCUCCUGUCGAGCGUCAUCACCCAGAACGUGGACUCGUUCCAUCCGCGGGCGCACCCGGACAUCCCGACGCUCGAGCUGCACGGCUACCUGCGGUCGGCCGUGUGCACGUCGUGCCGGAACGAGCUGCCGAGGGACAGGUUCCAGGCGGAGCUGGCGCGGCUGAAUCCCGUGUGGGAUGCGUUCCUGCGGGAGGCCAUCGCGACGGGCGCGCUCGAGACCGAGGACCCGCACGAGAAGCGGCGGCGGGGGAUCAGGAUGAAUCCGGAUGGUGAUGUGGAGGUGCCCGAGGCGCCGUACACUACCUUCCGGUAUCCUGCGUGUCCGACGUGUUUGAGCAGUCCGCCGCCGUUGGCGGAUGGGACCAGGGGGACGGUCGAGGUCGAUAAUGAUGGCGCCUGGAGCCCGACGAGCAAUGUUGGCAUUCUAAAGCCAGCGGUCGUCAUGUUCGGCGAGAGUAUCGCCAGCAGCGUGAAGGAAGCGGCUGAAGAUGCCAUCGAUGGCGCCGGGAAGCUUUUGGUCCUCGCCACAUCUAUGGCGACGUACUCGGCCUGGAGGCUGGCAAAGCGAGCCAAGGAUAGGGGGAUGCCCAUCGGUAUUGUCAAUAUCGGUGGCGUCAGGGGCGAGGAUCUCUUUUUUGGGGGAUUGGACCCUGCCCAGACGGGUAGCCAGGGCGUGAGGCUAGAGAUGUCCACCGAUAGUUUACUACCGGCUCUUGUCCAUGAUAUGCGGCAAUCCGGUCUCUCGAGCCCAUCACCCGACACGGCGUCAUUUCAGGAAAAUGAUGCCGCUGUGUUUAAAAACAUGUUACAAUAG